AUGGGAACUUCACCAGUUCGACUCGUCAGCAUCUUCCUUCUAUUCACCCUUCUAAGCAUCCAAGCCGCAGCAACAAGGUACGGCCGCUCCGGAGCGCGUAAAUCCGAGACGCCCCUAGAGAAAGCCGUUCGUCUCCGCGCGGUCGCCGACCAAAAGGCGGCGCAGCUCGACGCGGCGGAGCAAAUCGCGUCGCUGCUGCAGCAGCAGGAAGCUGACGCGCAGGAGAAUCUCGACACCGCGAAGACCGACGCGCAGGCGGUGGCGGCGGCGUGGGUGCAGGCGCGAACCGCGCUCGACAGCGCCAAGGCGGUCGCGGUAAGCGCGCGGAAAGCUGCCACAGCCGCGCGGAAGACUGUAGCGGGGAAGAAGCGGUACGAGGGGUACUCCAAGGCGCAGGCGGCGGUAGCGGAGGCGGAGCGGAAAUACAACGAGGCGAAGCAGAAGCGCGAGCAGGCGGACGCCGCAUAUGCCGCCCAGCAAGAUAUUGUGAAUCAGCUACAGCCGUCGAGCUACGGCACCCAGGCGGGAUACGCGCAGGCGUAUGGCAGUUCGUCGUCGUAUAAUAAGGAGCAGAAAAAGGCGAAGGAGUUGAAGAAGAAAGCCGACGAAGCGGCGAAGGAGGAAGCGAAAGCGGCGGCGAAAUUAGCGGCGGCGCGGGCGGCGGCGGCGAGCGCGACGACGCCGACAGCGGACGAACAGGCGCAAUUCGAGGCGAUCCAGGCGGCGGAGGCGCUGGCGGCGGAGGCUGAGGCGCAGGUGAAAACAGCAGAGCUGGAGUUCAAGGCGGCGAGUCAGAGCAUGAAGAAAGCCGCGGCGCAGGUGAGCGCGGCGAAAGAGCAGCUCAAGGCGGUUACCAAGAAGCGCGAAGCCGCGGACAAGCGCGUGGAGCGGCUGGCGGAGGAGGCGCAGAAGGCGGACGAGGCGGCGAUGGCGGCGGAGGAGGAGGCGGGGACGCGCGCGCCCGGGUCUGAGGAAUCGCCGGGAGACGACGACGACGACGAGAAUGACGACGACGACGAUGAUAACGAGGAUGAUGAUAACGAGGAUGACGAUGAAGACUAUGAUAGCGUGGGGGCGAACGAGUGGAAAGGGUUGGACUCUGCUGCAGGUGCUACUGUAGCGCCGAACCAGGUGGGGCAGCCGUUGAUGGUGCGGGACGUGCCUGUGCAAACAACGAGUCUGCCUGUAGCGGACACAGCCGCCCAGAUGCCGCAGGCAGGGCCGGAGCCCACGCGACCCACGGAGCCUAGCUACAUGUUCUAG